CUGGCAGCGGCUCAUUAGUAUGCGGGCGGGAGGGGGCAGUGUGUGUGGGAGAGGGGGGGCUGCAGAGAGGCUCAGGCCGGAAGCGCCCAGUCCAGUCACUGCAUGCAGAGCCCGGGGAGAGCACUGCGCCGAGCUGCCUGCCCAUGCACCCACUGCUCUCACAAGAAUGAUCCCGGAGCAGCAGCAGGAGGAGCCCGGCCCCACCCCCGGGACCUCCCAUUAAGUAAGCGCAGUUUUUCCUUUACGCCUCUCCCGGGAUGGACGGCAGGGAAUUUGUGCCUCCUUCUCACCUAAGUCACCGUGGAGCUGGCCGAAUGAACCCGCCUGCAGGCCACAGUGCGGUGCAGCACCCAGGCCAUUUUCAGGCCACUAAAUACUUCUCCUCCCCUUUACCCAUGGCGACCCACACAGCUGGGAGCGGUUUAAUGGCAAACUCCUCACCCUCUUUCAUGGGAAGUUUCCUGAGCAGCAGCCUGGGUUCAGCAGCAGCAUCAGCGCAUCCAGCAGGAGCAUCAAACUCCCCCCAAGAAACCACCUACAGGGGACCCCAUGGAGCUGGCACCUCCCAGAUCUGGUUCUCUCACUCCCAUGAAGGUUAUCCCCGUUUCUCCGCCAGCCUGGCCUCUACAUUUCUGCCUAUGAGCCACCUGGACCACGGGAACAGCAAUGUCUUGUACGGGCAGCAUCGUUUUUAUGAGUCCCAGAAAGAUAAUUUUUAUUUGAGAAAUCUUCCAGCACAGCCUACUCUUCUUUCUGCCAAUCACAAUUUCCCAAGUAUAGCCCGAGCAGCUCCUGGUCACCCCAUUGGUUCCUGCAGCAGAGAUAGAGAAAACAGCCAUCUGCAAAAGAAAGACACUGAACGUUACCUAGGGAGCACAGAUUUAAACAAAGAAAAAAUGAUCAAGGGGGACCUAAAAGAGAGACAUAUUGAAGAUGAGGGCAAGGAGAGACAGAAAGUGGUAUUACCUAUGUCUCUCGAUGGUCAUUGCAAGGAGGAUCUUCACCAGAGAGGCUCAUGUGAUAACCGGACCAAGCAUCUCAAUUCUUGCCUGAUGACCUCAAAGGUGCUCAAUGGUGAUCCAGGCAAGGCAGGGCUGUCAAGCUGCACAAUGGGGACAGUAAUGCCCAGACAAGGGAGCCAGAGCCGAUGUGCCAAAGACAUAAUGAGGUCUGACAAAACAUAUCCUCAGCAUGAUCCUCAGCAACCAUACAGUGAGUGCCUGGAGAGGAGGCAAAUGCUUCAUCACUCUGUUUCAUACACAGUCCCGUCCAGUCUACCCAGCAUUCCUGCCCCACUGAACACCUCCACUGGCUCAUUCCCCUGUCUCCAGCUCCAUUCCAACCCAGAUGUGGUAUGCUCAUUGCAGGAAAAGGCUGGCAGGGAUCUGAAAAUGGGCAGGCCCACAUUUGUGCCUUCCGUGGGGCACUUCACUGACAAAAGCCGGCCUUUUCAGGUGACCCCGGAGAGUUGCCAUGUAGACAGGGGUGAGGGAAAAGAUAAGGGCCAUGAAAUGAACACUGAUAUCCAUCUCCAAGGUUCUUACUCAAACACAUUUUCCCACUUAAAAACUGAAAAUAAAGUAGACAGGCGUUUAGAAUGGCAACAGAACCCAGCCGCCAGAAUAAAAAAUUUAGAGUUUUUGAACAGUGGGGGUUCUGAACAUGCUAUGCAGAGGGGCAUGGAAAAGGGGGGUUACUUUGAGAUGCCUCAAUCACAAGAUUGCCCUCGUCCCAAUCACCAGGAUGCACACUGUGUAAAACCUAGUCAGUCCUGUUGCACUUUAGACAGGCCCUCCAAAGACCCACAGACACACCAUUCUCAGAAGAUUGCUCGAAUACGGCACCAACAACACAGACCUACUGAGAUGGAGCAAACAGGAAGUGGGCAGGAUGGGAAAAGAAAGACCAUUGAGCUGAAUUCCUUGGGCUACAAUGGACCACACCUUCCCCCAUGGAAUGAUCCUUCUAUCUCAAUAAGUGAGGAAAGAAAGAACUCAUACCUUGACCCUUUUAGCACAAGUUUACAACAGGCUACACUAAUGACACCGGGCCCAUCACUGAGCCAGGAAAUGCAAGGCCCAACUGAUGAGGUCUCUGCUAUGAAAAACCUGCUAAAGUACAGCAACCAAGCACUUAUUGUGGGUCAGAGGGCCCCGUUUGUGGGCUUGGGGAACAUGAAGGCCAGCUGCUCACAGCAAGAAAUGAAAUUUCACUCCAGCAAAUGUCAGCCAGAGCAAGAGCGGAUGGACUGUGCAAGGAGUCGGGAAAAUGAGAUCUCUCAUGGAGAUGGUGAAGUCAGACAGCCCCCAGUUGGUAUAGCAGUGGCAGUUGCACGUCAGAAGGACACUGGGGGCCGCCAAGAUGCUUCAUUUGGUGCAGGUUCCAGUCGGCAGAGCAGGAAUAACAUGGGACCGAAAGGUACACAGAACAGGAAUACUUCGAGAUCACAAAACCUUGCAACUGGCUCUGGCCGAUCCAUGCAUGUUAUUGACUUGGACGCAGAUGAAGAAAGGAACCGCCUUUGUGAUGAGAGGCUGGGAAUCUCUGGGCGGGACAUUCUCAUGCAGGAAAGCAAAGACCUGGUGGAAUUUGCACGAAUCCAUCCUUCUAGUGGUUGCCCUGGAGACCUUACCCCUCACCUCAUGAUAGCAGGUGGUUCAUCCCUUCAAGCUAGCCAGUUGGGAGGAGAUCCUGCCUCGCAUAGCCACCCUACACAUCCUCAUUGGCUACCCAGGACUCGAAGUCCCUCCAUCUGGAUGGGGGGUCAUUCCUACAGUAUCGGUCAUCCAGCUCUACACCAAAAUCUUCCCCCCGGGUUUCCCACUUCCAUGCCCAGUGCCAUGCAACCAGUGUUCCCCCUAUCGCAGGAACCACCUGCACAGUUGGUUAUUCUACCUCCAGACCCUACUCCCCACACAGCUCCACACCCUCUGGCUGAUGUAAUGGAUCAGGCUUCCCUCUGGCCACCUAUGUAUCCUGGUCGAGGACCUGCUUCUCACCUACAGCACCCAGGACAGCUACCUGUCUACUCGCGGUCACAGUUUCUGCGGCAACAGGAGCUCUAUGCCCUACAGCAGCAAAGGGCAGCGGCUCUGGAACUUCAGAGGCAAAGCCACCUGCAGAGAAAGCCAGAGGAUCAUCUACCAGAACAUGAAGAUACCACGGAAAAGACCAUUAAGUCACACAGCAAAACCGACUCCUUAAACACUUCUAAGGGUCAGACUCCACCUGCCCUACUGCUGCCACCCCCAUCUGCACCAUCCAAACUGUCGCCCUGCUGCCAUUCACCAGCUAUAAGGCCGCCAUCCUCCAAAUGCCCAACUCCACGGCCACUGGUCCCAUGCACUUUACCUGCCUGUCCAGAUGCCAGCUCUGUAUUGGUGCCUAGCUCUCCAGCUGUUAGCCCAGUGCCCGUUCAGAAUGCUAAGGGCAAAGAAGGAGAAGAGAGGAGGGGGGAGGGGCAGCCCCCCAGAGACUAUCCCAAAUCACUGGAACCAGAUCUGCCUCCUGGAUAUACUUACCCAGAUGUUGUCCAAUCUUACACUUCCCCUUCACCCCAUCAUGUGCACUCCGCAGACCCCGCAGACACAGAAUCUAUGCAAAAAGCAUCAGUUGCAGCAGAGCCUGAACAAUCUAGGACGUUUACUCCCACCAAGAAACCUUGUGACACUCCUGUGUCAGGUGACUCAUUGGAGCUUAGCCAGGAAUUGUCUAAUUUGGGGGAGACAGACUUAAAUGAAAUCUGUGUUCAAGUGCCCCAAGGGUCCCAAGAGUUGGAAUGUGGGGAAGCUGCUGUUGCUGCAGACAAGUGUACGGACAAGGCUGAGGAAACUAGAGACAAUGUAGAAGAGGUGCAACCUGUGCAUGAGGAGGUUGAUAGGGAAAAGGAAUUGGAGGAGGAUGGUGAUCUUAUAGACACUUCUUCUGAACAGCUGCUAAAUAUCUCAAAUGGGUCACCAGCUGCUUCUUUGACCACAGAAGAGACAAAUAUUGAGACCAAUGAAGAAGUUCCUGCUUCAUCAGUAGACAUUGGUGGUCAAGAGUCUAGAGACCCUGAGGAAACAGAAGAUAAGGUCUUAGCUAUUUCCCAGACCUCGUCCCCAGCUCCAUCUAUACACUAUGACUCUUUAUAUACUUUGGACACAUUGAUAGAAGCCAGUAUCUCUAUGGGAGAACUUUCAUCUCUCUUGGAUGAGGGAAAUAUCUGCUGUCCAAACACUUUAUCCCCCCACCCCAGCUCAGGUAUUCAUGGGAUUGCUCUUCUCAGUGAGUUGGCAGAUCUAGCACUGCAGGAGCAGCCAAAAUACACUACAAAAACCAAUGAAGAUGAGUCUGUUGUGUCAGACCUUCAGGUUUUUGCCACCAUUGCCUCAGCAUGGUCCCUGGCAGAAGCUGCCAUUCUGGAAGAUGUACCCUCUGGGUACCCCAUUCCCUACUGCCACAACGUUGCCCCCCGAGUUCGUUUGUCACGCCGGACUUAUACUUGGACACCCAAAACUAAAAUGGUGUGUCCCUUGAAGGCUGCCAUAGAUCAUCUAGACACCCAGGAGGUGGACAUGAGGAUGAAGCUGGCAGAGAUCCAGCGCAGGUAUAAAGAAAAACAGAGAGAGCUGGUUAAGCUGCAAAGAAGGCAUGACCAUGAGAAAGAAGAAAGUUCUAGAAGUCCAGUCCGCCGGGGACCAGGUCGACCUAGAAAACGCCCACACUGCCGCGCCCCAUCUUCACACCGUUCAAACGAGAGCAAGAGAGCCAAAUCUCUGAACAAAAGUCUAAGCCUCCUGUGUACUGAGUUGCGGGCCGAUGGGGAACCUACAAAAAAGAAGAUCAAACUUUUAGAGGAAUGUUACAGUGACCGGGAGCACCCGCCCUCAGCCGUUAAUAUGCAUUGUAAAAAGACCGUUAGCCCUCAGAACAAGUUGUCAUCCAAACUGGCACAGAAGGUUUCCAAGCUAAAGAGUAAGGCCUUGGGUUCAGCUGGCAGUGCCUUUUGCAAUAAAGAUGCCCUCCCUGCAAGUAAGAUUCAGAAGAAGCUGCCACACCACAAAGGGGCAGGUCUGAUGCUUAAGCAAGGAUUAGAGCGAAAAGGGCAGGAGAGACUGCAGCCAGCUAACAGCACAGAGGGGCCAGAAGAAGGAGACGUAGACAACGAAGAAGAUUCUGAUAGUGAGGAAGAACAGGGCCUCCCAGUGGUGGCCACCCAUGAUGCCAGCCUUGCUCUGCACACAACUGUCAGCCCUUCUUUGGUUGGUCCUUCUCCAUCAUCUGUGGUGAAAAUGGAAGCUAACCAGAAAGCCAAGAAAAAAAUUGAAAGGCAGGGUUUGUUAGGGUCUUACUGUAGCAUUACUAGUCCAGAGAAUGAAGUUAAGAUCCGCAAGCGUUCUGCAAAGCUGGAUGCCCAGGUUCUUCCCAUGAAACCCCUCAAGAAAAAAUCUCUGAGCCACACUAGCAAAGCUAAAGGGGCCUUGCGGCAGAGCAUUCCAUCAGGCACUUUGACACAUACUCCCAGCAAGAGUCUAUUUAGUUCUCCGGCCCUGUCUCUGAAGAAGGACAAAAAGAGCAAAGACUUACAGAGAAAGAAUGGGGUACUAAGUCUCUCCUUGACAUCCAGAGGCCCAAAAAGUCUUCUAAAACAAGGGCGGGUGAAAUCCAAACAGGAGCGAGGCCGAGCUGUCAGUCGGCUCCUACAAAGCUUCGCUGUAGAAGACGACUUCCAGUUUGAUGAUAACAGCAGCUUUUCAGAGGGAGAGGAAGAUGUGAGCCCUGCUGGUGGCAAGAGUAAAGACCAGACUCACGUUUGUUCCCUUACCAAGGGGGAUCUAAGGGAAGGCUUGAAAGUUCUUAUACCCAAGGAGGACAACCUACUGUAUGCAGCCAGUAUCCGCAGCUUGCAGCCUCCGGACAUAUACAGUGUUGUGAUAGAGGGUGAGAGAGGAAACCGGCCUCGGAUUUACUCCCAGGAGCAGCUUCUACAGGAAGCAGUGGUGGAUAUACGACCUCAGUCCAUACGCUGUCUUCCCCAUGGAACACGAGUCUGUGCCUACUGGAGCCAGAAGUCACGCUGUCUAUACCCAGGGAAUGUAGUGAGAGGCUCCUCCAGUGAUGAGAGUGAGUCUGAUUCUGUAACGGUUGCCUUUGAUGACGGUGAUCGGGGAAGGAUCAUGCUGAACAACAUCCGAUUGCUACCCCCUGACUUCACCAUCCAGUGUAAGCUCUUCCCUGCGUAUGACAAGGCACAAAGCACAGAACCAUCACCAGCUCUGCUCCUGUCUGCAGAGAGUCGUAGAGCUAAGCGUGUUUCCAGUAACACCUCCACUUCCACAGAACCAGCCCAGAACCUGAACCCAGACAGCAGGGAAAUAGAAGAGACCCCAAAAAAUAUUAGCAAGAAAGUGUCCAACAAAGAGAAAACUGAUGUGUUCAACUCCGGAGCAAAGACACAGCUACCAGUAACCAACUUCCUGGGCCGCUCUACCAAUGUGGGAUUGUUGAACUGGACAUCACAAGGCAAGCGAAAGGGAGGGGCCAGAACUGGAGCAGGACUUCACGAAACCUUCCAGCAGCCAGGGUGUGGUAAAAAACAGAAAUCCCGCGAACAACCACAUGUGUUUGGGAACGGGUUUGGAGCUGGCUCCUUUAGCAGCCUGGCUAAUUCCUACUUGCCUUUUGGGGGAAGUUCUAACACUGGGCUUACUCUGAGCCAAAAACCAGUGCGGACAAAAAAAGGGGAUAGGUCAGAGGAGGAGGACAAAGGAAAGGGGUGCAAGAGAAAAGCAGGCAAUGAGUUCCUGGUUAAGCUUGAUCAUGAAGGAGUCAUGUCACCCAAAACGAAAAAUGGCAAAGCCCUUCUACUGUGUGAUAAAGACUUUGGGCUUCGUAUUGGGCAAAGUUACAGUUCUCAAACGGGGCUUGGCAAGGACAAGAAGUGCAAGCCGCCUUUGCAUGAGCACCUCCCUAUGAGUCUGGCAUUAGGGAAAUACUCUGGGCAGUCAGAGUAUGGACUGAAUUGCGACAGUGACUGCCCCAGUUCAUAUUCGGAUCAGGACGAGGAGGAAAAUGAAGGUGAUUUGCCAGCAAGGGUCCCUUCACAGUUCUUAGCAGGGCUCACAGUGUCAUCCUCUUCAUCUGGUUCAUCUUCAUCCUCUAGUUCUGGUUCUUUGUCAAGCUCCAGUAUUUGUUCUACAGACAACGAGGACUCAUCAGAGAGCUCCGAUGAAGGAGACUCCUCCCUUCUUCUGCAGCCUUGCCUCACACACCCGGUGCCUGCUCUGCUAGCACAGCAUCCUGAGGAUGGGGGCUCCAGCUCCAGAGGGUGCUUUGUCCCGGGGCAAAAGGCCAAACAGAGGAGGAAAGGGACCUCUUCAAACUUUUCUAAAACCAAAGAGCCUGCUCCUAAACAGCAACGCUUACCCUCUGUAGAAAACCGUCCAAAGAUUUCUGCCUUUCUGCCUGCACGCCAGCUCUGGAAAUGGUCUGGGGAGCCCACCCAGAGACGGGGAAUGAAAGGAAAAGCACGCAAGUUAUUUUACAAAGCAAUUGUGCGUGGUAAAGAGACCUUGCACGUGGGGGACUGUGCAGUUUUCCUGUCGGCCGGUCGCCCAAACCUACCUUACAUUGGGCGAAUUGAGAGCAUGUGGGAGUCCUGGGGUGGCAACAUGGUGGUUAAAGUGAAGUGGUUUUACCACCCGGAGGAAACAAAGUUGGGUAAAAGGCACAGCGAUGGCAAGAAUGCGUUGUACCAGUCAUCACACGAGGAUGAGAACGACGUACAGACAAUCUCACACAAGUGCCAGGUGGUGAGCCGCCAGCAGUAUGACAAAUUGAGCCACAACAAGCGCUACCAGGACCGGCAGAAUCUCUACUACCUGGCAGGGACUUAUGACCCGGGAACUGGGAGGCUGGUGACUGCGGAGGGGGUGCCAGUGCUGUGCUGAAAUGGCAAGCAGGGGGCGCUGUGCAGGAGGGUACCACUUAAUAUUCAGCACUUCUUACAGUAGCACAUUAUAAAACUGCAGGUAGCAUGUACAAAUACACAGACUUACAAAGUAAACAUUAAUAUAGGAUCUGAUAGGGCUCCUGUCAGGUGCUACACUCAUGUGGAAUCUUGGAUCGGUGAGCAGGGCCCUUCAUGACUUACUGUAUUUUGGCUUGAAUUCUAGGGCCUACUGAUUGGCUGAGCCCAGCACAGCAGAAUCCCCUUUACUCAUAUGGUGGUUGCUCUUGCAGCUAAUGCGCACAAAUCCUAAAGUGAACACAGAGACACUGCAUACAAGAAGAGCUUUAUGUGUGUUUGCACAUUAGAGACACAUGUACAUGAAACUGACGUUAAAGCCUUCUGUCACACACACUGCUCCAUAGGUGCAUUUCUUUUCUAAGGAUCAAAUCUAGAUCACCACUAAUUUGGUCUACAAAACACUUCAAAAAGCUAAAGCAUUAGUACAAAUCAUUUGCACCCAGUGUGGUGCAUGGGAGGCAAUCAAAGAGCCCAUACUUGAGGGGUACUCAACAGGGUAGUUUGCGAACCCAGGCCCCUACCGUAUAACCCCCCCCCCUCCCCAACCCAAUAAUCCUGACCCCUUCACCCUUAAUCAUUGUCAUUUAGAAGAGUGUCCAGAAAAGCUGCCCAGUAGCUGCCCUUCCUCCUAACACAGAAACAAAAUGGUCCCUUCACAGGCAGUUGAGUCUGUAACACACUGCAGGGAGGAGCUGUUGUAGAACAAAGGCAUUACAGGCCCACUGUCCCUGAAGGGCUCAAUGCAGCACUGCUAGGAAAAACCUUAAUUUGAUACCUGCGUGUGCUAAAUACUGCAAUUAAUAAUCAUGUUUGCUUUACACAACAUACAGUAUUAUAUGCUUAUCCCAAGACCGCUGUUGAUGCCACCGCACAAAACAACAGGAAGUAAUUAUUAGCACUUCCCUGUUUUAUACAGGAAACUGGGGUCCCACUUUCUAUAGAAAGAUACUGGGGGACUGGCCUUAGUUAUUUUCAUAAUAUUAUUGUUACGGCACUUAGCUGCGCAAGGAGUGCCCAUGACAAGAGAUGUAAGCCCUGUUUCAAGUGGCAUAGAACCUAAUUGGCCUUUAACGGAAUACAAUUGUUAUUGCUGUCUGCAACCCUAAAGCAGGUAGCAAAUUGAACUAUUUCCUAGCAAAUCUGUGCUAAGCCUUUUAACAGACACAAUUUCUUUUCAUUUAAUUUUGUUUGUAAUUACGUGUAAUUUUUUUUUUUUUUCUCGUGUGUGUAUUUUUUUUAUUAUUCAUAAUUUAUGGUCAACAGCCUCAAGUUUCAAGCCAUAUUCUCCCCAGUACCUCUUAACAGCUUUUCUUCCUGAAAGGCAGGAUCAGGUGUAAUAUUACUCUAUUUAUUCACUGUGUAAAUACAGAAAUUUCUUUUGGAAAUUUUUUAUUAACAAAACAAAAAUUAAAAAAAAAAAAAAAAAACUUAAAAAUGAAACCUAGUUAAAAAAAAAAAAUCCUUCCCCCUAUUUUGCUGUUGCUACAAUAUAAAUUAUGCACUGUGCUCCCUCGGCAAGGCUGAGAAUAUUAGGAAUUCUGUAUCAUUUGUAAUUAUAAUGUGGGUUAAAGAGGAAAAAAAAGCACUUGGGGGACUAGGCAGGGACUAUAAGGGGGUAAUGGAAGACAAUUUAAGUAUCUAAACAAAUUGUUGUCACAUUUAAAUGCUUUUAUUGUUUAAAAAAAACACCAAAAUCCUGGAAAUAUGUAAAUAGGUUGUCUGAAAUAUUUUUUUUGUGUUGUUUAAAACAUUUUUUAAGUAAAAAAAAGUAAAGAAAAAGUAUUGGGAAUGUCGAUAUGGUCCGAUGGAAUAAAAAAUGGAAAUAUUCUAUAAAUAUAUAUUAUAUAAAUUA